GAGCGCAGCUCAGCGUAGCGCAGCGGCUCCCCGGAGAUGGGGCUGGAGUGGCGGGCGCGCGUCGUUGCUGCGUUCUGGCUCCUUUGCGCUGUUGGAGCCGUCGGGGCAGGAAGACCGCCCUCAGAUGGCAUGAACGUCCUUCUCAUCAUCGCUGACGAUCUGCGGCCUGCAUUGGGCUCUUACGGCGACACAUUAGUGAGAUCUCCAAAUAUCGAUCAGUUGGCUUCGCGCAGCAUCGUGUUCCAGAAUGCUUUUGCGCAACAAGCUGUCUGUGCCCCAAGCAGAGUGUCAUUCCUCACUGGGCGGAGACCUGACACCACCAGGCUCUAUGAUUUUCAUUCCUACUGGAGAGUGCACGCGGGAAAUUAUUCCACGUUGCCGCAGUACUUCCAGGAAAAUGGCUACAUCACCCUCUCUGUAGGGAAAGUGUUUCACCCAGGGGUUUCAUCAAACCAUAACGAUGACUAUCCGUACAGUUGGACCACCCCUGCUUUUCAUCCCUCAUCCGAAAAAUACGAAAACACAAAGGUUUGUAAAGGGAAAGAUGGAGAACUUCAUGCCAACCUUAUCUGCCCAGUGGAUGUUUCAGAGAUGCCUGAGGGGACCUUGCCAGAUAUCCAGAGCACUGAGGAAGCAAUUCGUUUAUUGAACAUUGUGAAGGAAAGUGAGAGCAAAUUCUUCCUUGCUGUUGGGUAUCACAAACCCCAUAUUCCAUUCAGGUACCCCCAGGAAUUUCUCAAAUUAUACCCCUUGGAAAACAUCACCCUGGCCCCAGAUCCUGAUGUUCCUAAAGGGCUCCCUUCUGUGGCCUACAAUCCCUGGACGGACAUCAGGCGUAGGGAGGAUGUUGCAGCACUGAACAUCAGCUUCCCUUAUGGGCCAAUUCCAGAAGACUUCCAGCGGCAGAUUCGUCAAAGCUACUUUGCAUCUGUCUCUUAUGUGGAUACGCUGGUUGGGAGGUUGCUAAGUGCCCUAGAUGACAUGGAGCUGUCCCACAACACAAUUGUAGUAUUUACCGCAGACCACGGCUGGUCACUUGGUGAACAUGGCGAAUGGGCGAAAUACAGCAACUUCGAUAUCGCAACCCGGGUGCCACUGAUGUUCUAUGUUCCAGGAAGGACAGUCCCCACCUCUCACCUGGGAGAGAAGAUUUUUCCUUUCAUUGAUCCCUUCACACAGGUUGCAAGCCCUGUUGCACAAGGCAAAUCCAGAGAAAUUGUUGAGCUGGUGUCCCUCUUCCCGACACUCGCUGAGCUUGCUGGAUUAAAAAUCCCCCCUGUAUGUCCCCAGCCUUCAUUUCUCGUCUCCCUGUGUACUGAGGGGCAAAGCUUGCUGCGUUAUUUCCCAUCCAUCCAUGGAGGCCAAGAAAACAACAGCAAAGGAGCAAAGGGCUCGGAUCCCCCGGUUGCCUUCAGCCAGUAUCCCCGCCCAGGAGACACUCCAGAUUGGAACUCUGAUCUGCCGCUGCUUAAGGACAUAAAAGUGAUGGGUUAUUCCAUACGUACCGCUGACUACAGGUGUACGCUGUGGCUUGGGUUCAGCCCCAGCAACUUCACGGUCAAUCUGAACGACGUCCACGGAGGGGAGCUGUAUUUCACAGCGAGCGAUCCUAGUCAAGACCAUAACAAGUACAGAAGCGCUAUGCAUGGCUCCUUGGCCAAAAAGCUUUGCAAUGUCUUGGAGCACUGAAUUUGGCGUUCGCUUCCUCUUCUGUAAGACAUUGCUGCUCAGCUAGUAAAAGGCAUACAGACCUUUGCGUUAUAUGCAAAGAUGUGUCUUGAAUUGUAGCUGCCCUUGGAGCCAAAUCUGAAAUGUGCUGUGUUCUUGUGUACCCCCAAAAAAUGAUUCUUUAGUU